CUAUUACUACCUAUCCGCGAGCAGCACUGGCAGGCCGGACUCGUUUUGCAGUGCAUGACGGGGCUGGUUCCGCAGGUCUGCUGCGCAUUCGCACAUUCCCCUAGUGAUCCCCUUCAGGAGUGGGGUGCAAUUGGCGUCUGCGUCGAGUCUGUUCUUUCGGGCCAAGCGUGUCAUGUCUUUUGCUUUCAUUUGAGGCACUCUCAUCAUCGCACGGAGCAUACUUCUGCAAGUUGCAGGUUUCUUUCUUGUCGGAUGCUAGAGGAGUUCACUUUGCUGUGAUACUAUGAUUUGCAAUCCGCUGGAAAGCCCGUGCCUCCCUGAAUAGGGCCAGCUUCUGCCGUUCCCAGCCCAGCGCAUCACCAGAAUCUGUAGAAUACCCAGUGCGCGCUCCGCAAGUCGCUCGGGUCACUCACAUCUCCAAUCUGACUUGGGGCCAAGGGGCGCGUGGGCCUAACACAGUCGGGACAGCCACAUUCUUAGGUGUCAUGGCCCAUCGGUAAUUGUGGUCAUGACAUUUUUGUAGGUUGUAGCGGGCGGAGACCCGUGCGGCCAUGGCAUGUGCGUGGAGCGGGCACCAUCAGAUGCAGCACGCUGAGCAGUCACACAUAUCCCUCAACCAAGGAACGCAGCAGGAUACGCUUUCCUAUACCGACUGGCAUAGGCCGCAUCAUUGUGGGCAGCACUACGAAGGACCCGACAUUGAUGAGAACAGUAGGCGACACUCACGGCCAAAGCAGCUACCGGAAGUGAAGCGUGCAGAGCGUAGGCUAGUGCCUUUUUUGUAACUAGGACACCACGGCAUCGUUGGGCCCAACAAUGCUGGCCGCGCAGACCGCCGUGCGCAGGUUGGCGGACAGCCUCCCGCGCUCCCUCGUGGAAGAUGUGUUCAAGUGUUCAUUCAAAAAGCAGACGGGUGUCUCGCUCAAGUACAUGAUGGACUUUGGGGCAUAUCCCACGGAGCGCAACCUGUUGAUGUCUGCCCAGUUCCUGCACAAGGAGCUGCCCGUGCGGCUGGCCCACCGCGUGACGGAGCUUGAGCAGCUGCCCUAUGGCCUCUCCGCCAAGGCCCCCGUCCUCAAGGUGCGCGACUGGUACCUGGACAGCUUCCAGGACCUGCGCAGCUUCCGCGAGAUCGCGACUCCGAGCGACGAGAUGGCGUUCACAAAGCUGCUGGCGGCGAUUAAGGAGCGGCACAACCACGUGGUGCCCACCAUGGCCAUGGGCAUCCAGGAGCUGAAGCACGACCUCGGCCGCCGCACCGGCUCCAUGCACGACCUGCCCGACAUCCACCAGUUCCUCGACAGAUUCUUCAUGUCGCGCAUCGGCAUCCGCAUGCUCAUUGGGCAGCACAUCGAGUUGCACAAGAAGACGCUGCCGGACGGCUACAUUGGGCUGAUCCACACGCGCUGCUCGCCGGUGGAGGUGGCCGAGAUGGCCAUCGAGGACGCGCGCGCCACGUGCAUGCGCACAUAUGGGGGCGCGCCCGACGUCAAGGUCUACGGCGACCGCAACUUCACCUUCGCCUACGUGCCGAGCCACCUGCACCACAUGCUGUUCGAGCUGGUGAAGAACAGCCUGCGCGCGGUGCAAGAGCGCUUUGAUGACGCGGACGUGGAGCCGCCGCCCAUUCGCGUCGUUGUUGCCGACGGCCUGGAGGACGUCACCAUCAAGAUUUCGGACGAGGGGGGCGGCAUCCCGCGAAGUGGGAUGCCCAAGAUCUGGACGUACAUGUACACGACGGCCCAGUCGGUGGCGGCGCCCGACAACAUGCCCGCGGUGUUGGCGGGCUACGGGUACGGCCUGCCGGUCAGCCGGCUGUACGCCAAGUACUUCGGGGGGGACCUGCAGAUCAUCUCCAUGGAGGGCUACGGUACGGAUGCUUACUUGCAUCUCAAUCGGCUUGGAAACGUUCAAGAGCCUUUGCCGUGAGGAGUGCAGUCUGCCAGGAGGGUCCUUCUUGUCUGCGAAUGCUCUGUCAAGUUCAGCGUAGCGCCAGACAGGCUACGAGCAAAGGAGAGCAAAGGAGAUUGCGUGAAAUCUGGAUCUGGGCAGAAGUGCACGUUUUCAGCAUAGUAGAGAGCUCGCGAACUUGCUUGUGCAGUGUCUAUGUUUUGCCAUAAGCAAAAGAUUAUGCUAGGGCUAUUAUUUCCAUCAUAAACUGAGCUGCUGUUUGAGGUGCAUCACAUGUUCGGUUACCCAAGUUGCACUGUUUACGGGGUGUCGGGCACUUCUUCUCUGACAGUUUUUGUAGUAAGCAAUUCGCUUUCUCGGCAAGUGCGCCACUCCGUUUCUCAAAAUCAGA